AUGAAGAUGCUCACCAGCAUUCCCCGAGAUACUAGGAAUGAGUUCCUGACACGCCGUCCAAGGUAUACGCGCGCACUGGAAGAUCGAGUCGCCUUUCUUGAGCUCCAGCUCUCGCAGUCCCGGCAACAGGGCGUCAAAGCGGCCAAUACGCCGUCGCCUCUCAAUCAUCAGCAUAAUGCCCUCGAAGAAGUCGUCGACACCUUGCAUGGAGGCAACUUUGAAGCCCCUGCGUACGUCGGCACUGCUUCAGGCUUGACCCUGGCCGUGAUUCUGGGCGAGAUGGUCCAGGCAACGGUAUGGAACAAGGCCCUCCCCGUCCAUCCCGAGGCCGGAGACCGCCAGGAAACAAUGGCAUCGCGGCCCGCCGACCCCAAGCACGAGCACGAGCGAGGCCGGCCUUAUAACAUGGACGACCUGCGCGCCAACAGUGCAGAGCCGCCCAGCGAUGACCACGGGCGCCGCAUGAUCAACGCGUAUCUGUCCAUGCUGCACAAGAGGUAUCCCCUGCUCGAUCAGGCUGAGCUGUGGAGUCUCCACGAUGACCGACUUCGUCUGGGCGCCGCCAAACACUCGAGGUUGUCCAAGGCGGAACGGUUUGGCAUUUUCAAAUUGUACUUGGUCUAUGCCAUAGGGGCGAUGCUGCUGCAACUCACCGACAAGCAUACCGGCUCCAAACCCGAGGCUUACUACAUGACGGCGCUGCAGCAUAUAUCGGCGGCGCGGGAAUCGAGGACCAUGCAAAACAUCGAGGCCAUGACGCUGUUGGUCAUCUACCACCUCCGUUCCGCGUCGGCCCAUGGCAUGUGGUACAUGAUCGGCCUGGCCAUGCGCACCUGCAUCGACCUGGGCCUGCAUCGCAAAUCCAACGAAGACCAUCUCCCGAAGAAAGCGGCCCAACUGCGCCGCCGGCUCUUCUGGUCCGUCUAUUCUCUGGACCGGGUCAUCUCGAUCUCGCUGGGCCGGCCGUUCAGCAUCACCGACCGACAUAUAGACGUGGAACUGCCUGACCUGGUUGAGGAAUCCAACAACAAUCCAACAACAACAACAACAACAACAACAACAACAACAACAACGACUACAGCAGGCGGUGCAAAUGUGUCGUCGCAGUCCCCAGCGACACGUAGAUACCACACCACGACAGAACAAUCAAAGUCACAAGGCGGCCCACAACCACCACCGUCUACUAGUCAUACUACUCGACAUCCCAACCGACCUUCCCCCAUCGCAGCAGCAGUGUCUCUGUUCAAACUCCGCCGGAUCGAAUCGCGGAUCUACCACUCCAUCUAUCGCGCGGAUCGGCCUCUGACGUCCCUACUGCCGAAGAUGCCGCGUCUCUACGACGAACUCGAGGCCUGGAAGAAGGAACUGUUCCAGCGCGCCCCGGACCCGGCCGACCUAGACUACACGAUGCUGCACUACAACCGGGCGGUGAGGCUCUUGAUUGUGCCGUUCCUCUCGCUCCUCCCGGCCACGGACUCAUACUACGACAUCUGUCUCAAAGCCGCGGGAGAGAUCUGCCAGGCCCACAAACGCCUGCACCAGACCCUCGACUACGGCCACAGCUUCAUCGCCGUGCAGACCGUCUUCGUCGCCGGCAUCACCCUGCUGUACUGUCUGUGGACCAAGGGCGAGCAGAUCUGGUCCGUGACCUUGUCCAACGACAUCCGCGCCUGCUCCGCCGUGCUGUUCGUCAUGGGCGAGCGCGCCGCCUGGGUCAAGAAAUAUCGCGACGCCUUCGAGUUGUUGGUCAGUGCUACAAUGGAUAAAUUGCAGGACAAGGAGUCCGUGAGCGGUGGCAUUCUUCAGACUGCCGUUGCUGUGGCCGCUGCUACGGGACACUCUGCUGCUGCUGCGUCCUUUGCUGCUCCUGCUCCUGCUUCUGAACCGUCUUUUAAUGACAGGUUUAGUGCCAGUGGUGCUGCCAGGCCUGUAGGCGGCUAUGAUACCACUCCGGAUAUCUUGUCCAGUCCUGCGAGUUUUCAAGAAUACAAUCCCAACAGCAGCAGCCACAGCCACAGCCACAGCCACAACCACAACCACAAUGACUACAACAACUACAGUCAAACCCACAGCAGUCUGCAUGGAUACAAUUUCCAGUAUUCCCCUUCUCAACAUCAGUCCCAAACCCGACCAACCCCCGCUGCAGACCACAGUCCCGAUCUUGACGAUGGUUACGGUCACUCGAAUAUGCCGCCAAACCUGGAUCCGUUCCCAGCUGCCAAUGGCACCAGUUCCCCAUCGAGGAAUGGGAAGGGGACUGGGACUGAGAACAUGAAUUGGAGUAGUACUGGGGCCGGGAGUGGCCGGAAAAGUAUCAACGACCCUUUCAGAGUCUUCGUUCCCGAUACCCGAAGCAGUGCACAAACUCCAGGCUCCACGGACGACGAACGAGGCAGGGCUCACGAUGAUGCCAUGAGGGUCGUCAACGAGUUGGCAUCGUGGAUCGAUCAGGACCAGGACACGCCCGUGUGGAUGCCGGACUUCGAGAUGCUGGAAAACGUGGUGAACCCUACUAGUAUGGGCCAGGAUUUCAAUUUUCACCUUCAAUGA